CAUUUUUUCUUUGUACGUACUACUUGUACAAACAUAUAAAACGGUUAUUAUUUAGAAAACUUACUUUAAUAACAGGCUCAUCUUUGAACACUGGUUUUUUGUUGUUGUUGCGUUAUCAUACUAUGUCAAACACAUAUCUGUAGAUUUAUAGCCUUAGUGGAUGUUCUUAAAACGUAAACUUCACUUUAUCUCGAACAGAAACCCGCACUUGACAGCAUUGAGUAUACGUAUUUCUCCCUGUCACCUUUAAACGAAUGCACACAGUUUCAAUUAGUUAUUAUUUAAUUUAAACAGUAUUUGUUUUGAAAGGGAAUUUGAAUUUUCUUGUUGACUCUUCCAAAGUAGAUUGACCCAGUUAUAUUAUUGUUUAUUACUAGAUGUUCUCACGUUUGUGCAUUAUGCAAGGUUUAAAUAGACAAUGAGCACAAUUACAAUUUAUAACAGCUCACACAGGAAAUAACUUUUUAACAUAUGGUGUGUAUUUCAUUCAAAUAUUGUUUUAUUGGAAUGUUGUUGCAAAUUGUUAAUUUUUAUCAUAUGGGUGGUGGGUCACAAGUAGUGCACGGGGCACAUUAAGUCGAUACUUGUCUUAACCACACUGUCUACGUCCCUCACUAGGUCACAAGUAUUUUGAGUGAUGUUAUACUUUACGACAGAUACUAUAAAAUGAAACAGCAGUUGCAAUGCCUUUUAUACUUUAAGCACCGAGUAAUACGUUCUAUAGCAAUAUACUGUCCUUUUACAACGAUUUUGCUGAAUCAGAAUGUCUUUAAAGUUUGUUUGUAUUUCGAUUCGACGAUUAUAUUACAUGCAACAGAUGUGUCUAGCUGUUAUGUAAAGUAUAGCUUGGACUGCCAGUAUAUAUCUGUAUGAAAUAUUAUCAUUCAACCGAAACAGGUAAUGCUUUUUCCAGAUCAUCACUGGAAUUUUACUCUAACGUCUCAACCUCGAUGGACUUUGCUAGGCCAUAUUUUAUUUUUAUUGUGAUCGUGUGGAUUUUUUUGCGGCAGUCUAUUUAUAUCAAUGUCGGCGAUUGGCUAAUUGAGCUGUCGUCUAUCACUUAUCAUAUGUGACGUAUAAUUGUGUUUAGCGAUAAUAAGUGGUUCAGUGUAAACGAACCCAAGGCUAAAUGGCUACGCAAACAGAUGAAGACCAGCAGAAUUUGCGCAUUGACUUCUGGGCUCAUUUAUUGUCAGUAGACCGCGACCUUGGCACAGAAGAUGUGGCUGCACUGAUAUUUCUAUGUAGAGAUAUCCUUCCACGGAACAAACUAAAAUGCAUAAAAAGUGGACGCGAACUGUUCAAGUAUCUCGAAGAAGACGAGUACCUAAGGUACAACAAGAGGUGGAUUCUGGCCGAGAUGUUGAAACUAAUCCAGAAGCGGAGUCUGCUCUACAAGCUAUGUGUCAAGGAACAAGAUCUCGACUCACACUUGGCCGUGAACGUCUCUCCUUUAUCUCCAUACCGAAAGUUACUUCUGAAACUAGCGGAUGAAAUGACAAAUGAAGAUCAAGACAUUUUAUUAAGUUACCUGGUUGAUAUUCCAAAAGGGAAAAAAGAAAAGAUAAAAUCAUCCUUCGAUAUUUUUGUUCUUUUAGAAGAAAGGAACAAAAUCAGUCCACAAAAUGUCGUUUUACUAGAGCAGCACUUCAAAACAUCGUAUGCUGGCCGAUUGGACCUGUCGCUGAUUGUUACAGACUAUACUCGGAAGCUAGGUUGCUUACCACACAACCUUUCGAUUGACGGUCCAGCUGAAGGAACUGCGAUCAAUUAUGGAGGACUGUCAGUUUUUUUACCACACAGCCUUUCGAUUAGCGGUCUAGCUGAACGAACUGCGAUCAGUUAUGGAGGACUGUCAGGUUCCUUACCACACAACCGGUUUGACAGUCCUGCUGAAAGAGCCAUGGACAUAUAUCACAGACUAUCAGAUGGAUACAUCUCGCUAAUACGGAACCUGAAACCUGGUACGUAUGGAACACUACGCGUGAAGAUCAUCGACAAAUCAACACUGAAGAAAAACACAAGAGGAGAAGAAUACCUCUUUGUUAUAUUUGCCGAUGUAACUGGCGAAAUUGCCGGUAUAGCGGUUAAUGAAUUAGCAAAACUCGUAAAUGAAUCUAUGGAUAUUGGAAAUGUUUACAUGUUAUAUAACGUACGUGUGGUUCCGAUGUUAAAACGUCAUUGUAAAUAUACGUCAGUGGGUAAAUCAGCUGAUACGGUUCAAAUUAUUUUGGACAAUAACACACGAGUAGAGACGUACACUGGCAAUUCGACUGUUAAGUUCAUAACUGUAAAGUUGUACGGUAAAGUUCUCGAUGUGUCUAAGAGCAGGCAGCCAUACGAUGGAUGCCCCGUGCACGACUGCACGAUGUCCACCAUACGUUUAUCAAACGGCAUGUAUUUCUGCAGCAACUGCAAACUGAAAUACUUGAAAGCGAUAGCGCAUCAUAAGAUGUUUUUAAAAGUAAUAAAUACAACAACCAAUAUUAAAUUUGCCGCAUUUUGUUUUGAAAGUGUAGCUUGCAAACUUCUGCGUGUUAGUGGUGACACAUUUAAUAAGCUGGAGAAAAGUGUUCUGUCCGAACGUUUUGUUAAUAACGAGUAUGAAUUCACAUGUGUACACAAAAUUAAAAAUGGUGAUCUUAAGUACACAAGGCUUAUUGAUGCCAAUUUGUGCAGCCUUGUUUAAGUGGGAUAACUAAUGAAGUGAAUCAUUCCUCAUGUGUUAAUGCGUAGUUCAUAGUUAUUGCAUAUUACAAUGUUUAUUUUAUUAUAUUAUUUAUUUAUUUAUUAUUAUUUUAUCUAUUUUUUUUAUCCCCCCUCCCCCACCAAGAUCAAUCAAUGUCAAGGAUGGGGGGGGGGGGGGUUGAAUA